GUCAAGUACAUACAAAUCUCAAGGGAUUGAUGUCACAGUUAAGUACAGUCAAGGAAGCUGGACUGGAGUUCUGGGUACAGAUGUCAUUAGUAUCCCAAAAGGAAUCUAUGGCAGCUACACCAUCAACAUUGCUACCAUUCUUGAAUCAGAGAAUUUCUUCUUACCAGGGGUUAAAUGGCACGGGAUUCUUGGUCUUGCCUACGAUGCCUUAGCCAAGCCUUCAAGUUCGGUGGAGACGUUCUUUGAUUCUCUUGUGAGGCAGGCAAAGAUCCCCAACAUUUUCUCCUUGCAGAUGUGUGGUGCUGGACUGCCUGUUUCUGGAAGUGGUACCAACGGAGGUAGUCUUGUUCUGGGUGGAAUUGAACCAAGUCUGUACAAGGGUGAUAUUUGGUACACACCAAUCAAAGAGGAGUGGUAUUACCAGGUUGAAAUUCUCAAACUGGAGGUCGGAGGACAGAACCUUGAAUUGGACUGCAGAGAGUAUAAUGCCGAUAAAGCAAUAGUAGACAGUGGGACCACGCUUCUCCGUCUCCCCCAGAAAGUCUUCAGUGCUGUUGUGCAAGCAAUAGCUCGCACGUCCCUGAUACAAGAAUUCUCUUCUGGUUUCUGGACUGGUUCACAGCUUGCAUGCUGGGAUAAAACUGAAAGACCCUGGUCCUUAUUUCCCAAACUCUCCAUUUACCUGAGGGAUGAAAACUCCAGUAGGUCGUUUCGGAUCUCUAUCCUACCACAGCUUUAUAUUCAACCCAUCCUUGGAAUAGGAGACAAUUUACAGUGCUACCGAUUCGGCAUCUCUUCCUCCACGAAUGCUCUAGUUAUUGGUGCUACAGUCAUGGAAGGCUUCUAUGUAAUAUUUGACAGAGCCCAGAGGAGAGUGGGCUUUGCAGUGAGUCCGUGUGCAGAAGUUGAUGGCUCUCCAGUAUCUGAGAUUGAAGGCCCUUUCACAACAGCAGAUGUUGCAAGCAACUGUGUUUCUAGUGUUUCUUUCCAUGAACCAGUGUUGUGGAUUGCCUCCUAUGCUCUCAUGAGCCUGUGUGGAAUUAUCCUCCUUGUACUGAUCAUCCUGCUGCUUAUUCCACCACGGUGUCAGCAUCGCUACACCGACAAUGACGUGGUCAAUGACGAAUCCUCCUUAGUGCGUCAUCGAUGGAAAUGAGAAACUUGAUCGUGAAACCUGGGACUUAAACAGAAUGAAGAACAAAGUACUUUGCCAAGGGGAAGAAGCCGAUGCCUCAGUCCUUUCUACAUUCAUUACAAAUUGCUGUUGAAAUCCCGCCAAAUACCCUGCAUCGUAACUUUUUAAGCUUUAUUUUCUAACACUGAUUCUGAACCAAAGCACUGUUAACCACCUCUUAAGUGCUACGGUACUGGAUUUGCUACUGCAGUAUAAUGAGCCUUUAUGCUCUCAAUAGUACCU